UUCCACUGUCAGUGUGUUUACGUUUCUGGCUGCAGAUGACCGCGACGGUGUAGCAUUCUUUUCUCGUUCUAUUCCCAUUUAGGCGGCUAGAAUCCAGUUAAACAUCAGCUGAAUUUAACAAACAAAACGCGAUGACCACGUGAGUGUGCUAGACAAGUUAGUUUCAGUGGUUCCAUCGAGCAGUGGCACUCGUUUUGCCUACGCUGCUCACACCAAGCUUGAUCCACUUCCCGUCGCGGGGGGUGUGUGUGUGUGACGUAGAACUUUACCCACACUAGCGCAAUCGAACCCGCGCGCCCUGGUAGCAUCGUUUUUAGUGACGUUUACGGUAUUGCGCGCACGCACUCCGUCCACCCUAAUGGAAAAGUUGAUCGGAUCGGGAUCGUCUCGGUAAUUGAGUGAUUAGCAUUAGAGCCAAUGACUGGCUGGCACAACAUUCCGGACUGGUUGCGGAUUAUGGAGCAUAGGUUUGUGAGUGUACUGCUUGUACGUGAUUGAUAACGAUCCUUUGCCCCCCUGUGUCCCAUUGCCAUACAUUCACUUUACGCUCAAUUUCGACCAAUAAUGAUCACCAAGCAGCGAUUGAGCGCUAAUAAUUCUUUAGAUGGCAUGCCCACACCAAUAAGCGACUGUGAAAGUAACAGCGCUGAAACUCCGCUCGACGUCAUGCCUAGCGGUGAACAAUGUAGUAUUGACCAACAAUCAAACGAUUGUACGACGCAGCGUAGAGGAUCCAGCCAGAAGAAACGUCUGCCCGGUUUGCUGCUCUCCGACGACAGUUGCAAUGCAGUUGACAACAUGCUCGGUGUAGACGAGAAACCAACGUGCAAAAACACUCUCCCGGCCAACAAUCUUGAUCUUUCCUUUAACGGGAAAAUAAAACCAUUAACUGCGGAAAGCCAAGGCGUGAUCGGGACGGUGGCAGCGGACACGGUGGAACGAUCCACUAAGGACGAAGCAGAGCUGGAGACCGAUGACAGAAAAAGCAGCGACGACUCGCGUAUCCGCGACGAAAAACUCAACGAAUCGUUCGAACUGUUGACGAAGGAGAAUAAUUCGCUGAGCCAUUAUAAUAACGAAAAGUCGCCGGAUUUGUUUGCGGACGAUGACGAAGAUGACGAUGAGAAUGACGACGACGACGACGGCAACGACGAUGAGGAGGGGCAAAAUGCAUCAGAAAGGAACGGAGAUGGUGGUGGGCAGGGGGAAUGCGAAGCUUACUUGCACCGAACACAGGCACGCACGAGCGGAGCGAGUAUCAAAGAGAUGGAAAGUGCGAACGAAAGCAGCGUGGACCGGACUGAUCGCAUUCUGUUGAAGCGUAUGCAAAUGUCUCUAGCCGGCAUUCCACCACCGCCAGCGCUAACCUAUUCCGAUAUUGAUAUUGGCACCAUGCUUACCAUAUAUCGUAACAACGUUGAACCGUGGCUGGCGACGCAUGGUUUCCGGUCCGGCACGACAAAACCAUUGGAUGACAGUGCCGCCGGGGUCAGCGAACCGGGUGAAAAGCUGCAGCAGCAACCGUGUCUGAUGAAACCGACGCACACCACGGACGAACUGGCUGCGUUAAAGUGGCCCGAACUGACGCACCAUCGGGCACACGGACUGCACUACAACCGGUCAGGCGUUACGGAAACGAUUGAGCUGUUGGGCCUAAAGUACAUCGAACGGUACAUUAGUGCCGAGACGAGCUGUUCCUUCAACAUGACCGUCCUACAGUCGAGUGCGAAAAAACGCAAUCAACGGCUAAAACUGUUAAAUCAAUCGCCCGGAAGAAGGCUGAGCCAUCUGGCCAGAAGGAGGGCAACAUUUUCGUCCGAAAGUUUGCUUAACAACAGCGGCAGCAAGGGGGGCGGCAGCAUCGUUAGCGCCGGAAAGGGCACGAUCGAUGCGGGCGUGCUGAGAAGACUGAAUCCGCACCGGGUGUGCAAUAAUAGACAAGUGCUACUAGAUCCCAAAAAAUCGGACAAUCGUAGGAAAAACAAAAUUAAAACACCGAAACGGCGUACGCCGGGUGGAAAAAAGUCUCCCCGUCGCCGCACGCCGGGCUCAUCCGCGAAAAAGCUUUCCCUACUUCGCACCAACGCUGCUGGUGGUAAAUCGUGCUCCCAGGUGCAUGUGCCAGCAACGCGCGAAUCAUCCAAACGGGCCCUAUUCCUCAGCCCACAGAACGGUGGCACCUCGUCGGCCACGUCCCGGAACGAUCGGGCCGGCAGCAAUAGCAAGCAACUGGAGCGGUCGUUAUUUUCCGACGCACGGGUGUUAAAAUCGAAACGUUCGUUGUUUUCGCCCGUUCGCGGAGCUGCAACCGAAGACAAAGGCAACCCGCCGGCCGCCUCGGCAGCAAGCUCCUCCAGCACGGUCUCGAACAAACGGCGACGCUCAUCGAUUACGGACAGCGGCGAAACCGAUCGGUCUGGCGAACGGACGGAGAAGAUCCGGCGCACGGAAGCGGCCGGACUGACGGAGGAAGACUUGACGCCUCGUUCGCUCAAGUUUGCUCGCAGUAGAAGCUUCUGUGUGGGCGUGCAAAGUAUGACCCUUCCUUCCGCGUCGGCCGUAGAGUGUGCACCGAUCGUCGGCGGAAGACCGCUGAUUCGUGCCAGUUCGGACAUAUGCUCGGAGGAUGGUCCACGGCCAGUGGCGGUGCUGACGGAAAACCACAAAAAGAAAUUGCUUUGGGCUGUCUCGCAAGCACUGCAAAGCAAACAGAUCACGACCAAGCAUGAACUGUUCAAACGGCAUGCCUCCAUCCUGGCACGGGUAGUGAAAAGGCUGUUUCUGGAAUUUAACGAUCAAACCAUCAGCAGUACGAGCGAAAAGAUGUUAAAACUGGCAAACAAGCACGUGUACGAGGUGAUUCAGGGUAAGAGCGAGCACGAGAUUUACUUCCGCGAGAAGACACGCCUCUCGAACGCGCGCAACAUGCAGAAGCUGCAGGGCUACAUUGCGCCCGAAGAGUACGAGCUGCGAAGGCUCAAGCGAACCGCCAGCACGACAUCCUUCGAUGCGACGUCUCCCUUCGACUGUUCGCUAAGCGCCAGCCAAAGCUUCCUGAGCCAAAGCUCCAUACUGUCGCAGGGAAGCUCGUUCGGUGGCGGUUUGUCGCAGCUAUCGCAACCGAACGGCUUCACGCGCGGUGGAGCAGGUGCCGGAUGCGCGGCGGUUGGACAUCUUAAGCCGGCAGCAUCGACGGGCAGCGUGAAUACGGUGGGGCUGCUGGGCGCAAGUAUCGUCGGCAGCCUGAGCUCCUCUACCGCGUUGCGCGAAAACGUGGACAGCGAGCUGCGCCAGCGCUCCACCAAAAAGCAGCUGCUCUUCUCGGGCAAGGACCAGAAAAACCUCAGUCCGUACAGGAUGGACAAGAGUUUGAGCCUCAUUGGGGGCGUAGGAGGAGGUGGGAAUGUGGGCAACAAACUGCUGGUCGGUGGUGCGGCCAACUCGAGCAUUAUGAAAGCGAAGCGACAGAUUUCGUUCGAGUAGCCGUAACGGACAGAACGAUAUCCUGCCUGAGACCUGGUUCGGACCGGUCGGGCCAGUAGCAUUGAUUCAAUGGCAAUCGUAAAAAAAAAAAGAUUAAACAAAAUACUACAUAACGUAACUUAUGACUCUUUUUGCUAAUUAUUUAGGUUUUAAAACACUUUUAAACAUGAUUGUGCGCGUUCAAGGCAGGAAAACCGCACAAAAUAGAUUGUAUAGCAACUAAAUAAUGUUUUUAAAAAAGAAGUCGUUGAUGGCAGCCAAUCACUGGUUCGUUAUUCAACAGAACAUCCAUGCUCGUGUCCUGUACCGAAUGGUCUGUCGACCAUUAGCUCGUAAGCAAUAAAGAGUAUUUCUUGUUUUUUCGUGUUUAAA